AUGGGAUCCUCAGUCACUCUUGACGCGGUCGCGAAAAAGAUACCGCGAGACGUUGCGCGUUUUCAUCAGGACACCGUAGCUGACCUCCUCAAACGACCACACAUCGGCUUCCCAGGCGCGCAGCCGGUCUCCUUCGCCCGGAAACACUUGCUCGAGCUUGAGGGAGCCGACUACUUCGUUGCCGAGAAGACCGACGGCAUCAGAUGUCUCCUCUACCUGACUACAAUCCUGGACGGAACAGGCAAGGAAAUAGAGGCACAGUUCUUGAUCGAUCGCAAGAAUGACUAUUACUAUGUCGAGCCGGGGUACCUGCACAUCCCUCCAGUAAACAUGAAGCCUGCCGCGGGCGAAAAGCCGUAUAUGCUAUACAACUGGCACAUUGGCACCAUCUUGGACGGAGAGCUGGUACGAGAUCGAUACCCGAAUGGCAAGGAGGAGCUCACGUUCCUCGUGUUCGAUAUGCUGGCCUUGGACAACGAAUGUAUCACUCACCGCACAUUCGAUACGCGUGUUGGCAAGAUUGGAGUCGUACUCGAUCCGCUGAAGGCCUUCAUGCGUGACUAUCCAGCCGACGCCAACGAGAUGCGUUUCCAGUUGCGUAGAAAGGAUCCACAACUGGGAUACGCUGCGGAGAUGAUGUUCAAAGAUGUCAUCCCAAAGUUGACACACGGAAACGAUGGCCUGAUCUACACGUGCCGGUCUACACCCUACGUUGCCGGCACCGACCCUCACAUCCUCAAAUGGAAACCGCCGCACGAAAACACGAUCGAUUUCCGACUCCAGCUUGGAUCUUUCCCACUCGAAGAAGACGAUGAAGGCACAUACGAAGACUUCGACCAGAAGCCUGAAAUAGAACUCUUGGUCUAUCAUGGCGAUCGUGAUUAUUACAAGAAAUUUGCGGAUCUUUACCUGGCAGACGAAGAGUGGGAAGCGAUGAAAAGCAUGAAUGAGGCUUUCGAUUGGCGGAUCAUCGAAUGCUGGCGCGAGGCGGACACUGGGCGGUGGAGGCCGAAGCUCGAUGAUGGAAGACCACGUUUCCGAGACGACAAAGAGCACGCGAAUCAUAUUUCCACCGUGGACAGCGUUCUUGAAAGUAUCGAGGACGCUGUGAGUGAGCAGGAUCUUAUUGAUUCUGCGGGUCGCAUCAAGGCUGCGUGGAAAGAGCGCGCAGCCGUUCAAACCGCCCGAAAAGAGCACGAACAAAAGAAGCGGCAGGAGGCGUUGAAAGCGCAACAGGCUCAAGAAGCGGCGCAACGAGCAUCGGCUACAAAGAUUGGCAAUGAGGCCAAGGCGGAAGAAGAUGAUGACCAGCCAAGAUACGAGGAUUGA